AUGUCGGUUCUGUCGAAGCGGACCCGUAAUGACGGUGCUUCGUCGUCUGCUGCUGUUCCUAUUGGUGGUCGACGGAAGUGGCGGCGUCUUGAUGGACUCCCUGUGCUUCCCCAGUACGUUGAUUGUGGUGAUUGUAGUUGGAUAUGUGAGUAUUGUGGUGCGUUUUUCUGCUGUGUGGAGAGGGCUCUUAAUAUUUCUACAGCUGCUCACGCAAGGUACACUCAUUGCUGUAGAGCUGGCAGUGCGGUUCUUUCUGCAAAACCAGUUGGAGACAAUGAAGGAAUCAUUGGCCAUGGCACGUUGUCAUCACCGAAUCUUCAUCAACAACCUCGACCAGGUGACCCCGUUGCUCAUGCUCGACAUGUUCCAAGCGAUGCAGGAGACAUGAGUGCAGCAAACGAAUCUGCAAGAACAAAUCCAUUCAACGACCACCAAGCCCCGACGAAGCAUACCACCACCAAAAUCUUUUGUAAUCAAAUGUCCAGUAGUAUCCUUAAUGAAGAACACUUUUGUAAUCGAAUAUCAACUAAUGAAUGA